CUGGGAUGUUGUUGUUGUUAAAUCUUUCCAUCCUGGCUGUCAGGUUGCGCCCUUCCAGUGGGAACCAUCCAUCAACAGUUCGUGACAGCUCGCAUCACAUGUAAACCCUCCACCCGGCGACAGAUCCCAUCACACCAGUCCACACGACCAGGGGGAAACAUCGUAGAGAGGACUUACAGCAAGCGGCAACUUUUCCUGUGCAAAUGCCUUCCUACGGUUACAACUACUUUCCCGGCUUGUCUCCCAAUGCGGAGAGAAAAUUUAGGCCCACGAGUUCUUCGGAUGAAGCGGGGACGGUAAACGCGACGCAACAGCAUCAACAACACGCCCACGUGCAGGGGAAAAACGGCGGGGUAAAAGGAGGAAGAAGGAAGCGCCCCAGCCGCAAGAAGGACCCGGCGAACCCCGAGUCGCUGCUGCGGCGACUGGUGGCGAACUCGCAGGAGAGGGACCGCAUGCACGGGCUGAACGACGCGCUGGACCGGCUGAGGAGACACAUCCCUCUGCACCUGGGACCCCGCAGGCUCUCCAAGAUUAAGACUUUACGCCUGGCCAUGGCGUAUAUCGAGGCGCUGACAGACAUGGUGCAAGGAUCAGCCAGUGCCCUGUCGUAUCCCGAUAGCGAGGACAGUUUCCAAGAUAAAUCCGAGGAAUCAGAAGCGCCAGAACAAGACGCCGGAAAGCCGGCCGGCCAGCGUUUUUCCGGACAGGCCGCCAUUAGCGGUAAGAGCUUCUUUGGGAGGUCGAAGGAGAGAGGAAAGGGAAGGAUGAGAGGACAUGGCAAGGGGGCGGGCAGGUCCGGACCCGAGGUCACCAGGCCAAGCGGCUACACAACAGGAAUACAGCGGUAG